AUGUUUAUUGUUGUAGCGGAGGAGCGGGCGGUCAAGUCGGAGGUGUCGGACGAGGCGAGUGACGAGGACUGCGUGUCGGUGUGUUCGGACGGCAACGCCGCCCGCGCCAGGGAACAGCUCUCGAUGGCUUGUUCCGUGGUGCUCGAGCGCCUCCGUGACGACGCGACUGUUCACAGUGGAGGCAAGCCGUAUGGCUGCGAUCACUGUGGAAAACAUUUUACAAAUAAGUCUAUUUUACGAAAACACAUACAAUAUACUCACUUAUCGUUUGGGUACAAGAAAUUUAAUUGUGAUUUUUGUAGUUCUACAUUUCAAAGUAAAUUGCUUGUAUUAGAGCAUGAAAAAAGUGAACACGGUGUUACAAAUUUCAUGUGUGCUGAAUGUGAGUAUUCAACAAGUUCCAAGAAGAGUUUGCGGAUCCAUAUAAAGAGUCACUCUGUGGAGAAUCUGUUUGAUGGUAGUCAGUAUAAAAGUGAAAUACACAAAUACCAAAACAUACACGUUGGGGAAAAGCCUCUUCAGUGUACGAAAUGUGGUUUCAAAUGCAGUGUUGAAUCAAACCUGCGGCAUCACCAGAAGAUGCACAACAGAAGACACCAAGAGCCGUACACAUGUAGUCAUUUUCACCAGAGGACACACACCGGGGAGAAGCCUUUUCAGUGUAGUCAAUGCGAUUACAAAUGCAGCCUAAAAAAAAACCUAAAAAGACACAUGAUGAUACACACUGAGGCGAAGCUAUUUCAGUGUAGCCACUGCGAGUACAGGUGCAGGCGGAAAGGAGACUUGCUAUUACACCAGAGGACACACACCGGGGAAAAGCCUUUUCAGUGUGGCCACUGCGAGUACAGGUGCAGGCAUAAAAGAGACUUGCUAGUUCACCAGAGGACACACACCGGGGAGAAGCCUUUUCAGUGUAGUCAAUGCGAUGACAAAUUCAGUAAUAAAUCAAGCCUAAGAAAACACAUGAUGAUACACUCUGGGGCCAAGCCAUUUCAAUGUAGCUACUGCGACUACAGGUGCAGGCAGCAAAGAGACUUGCUAGUACACGAGAGCACACACACCGGGGAGAAGCCUUUUCUAUGUAGUCACUGUGAUUACAAAUGCAGUAAAAAAUAUAUUCUAAAAAGACACAUAAUGAUACACACUGAGGCGAAGCCAUUUCAAUGUAGCAACUGCGACUACAGGUGCACGCGGAAAAGAGACUUGCUAAUACACCAGAGGACACACACCAGGGAAAAGCCUUUUCUGUGUGGCCACUGCGGUUACAAAUGCAGUCUAAAAUCAAACCUAAAAAGACACAUGAUGAUACACACUGAGGCGAAGCUAUUUCAAUGUAGCCACUGCGAGUACAGGUGCAGGCGGAAAGGAGACUUGCUAGUACACCAGAUGACACACACCGGGGAGAAGCCUUUUCAGUGCAGUCACUGUGAUUACAAAUGCAUUAAAAAAUCAGAUCUAAAAAGACACGUGAUUAUACACACUGGGGCGAAGCCAUUUCAGUGUAGCAACUGCGACUACAGGUGCAGGCGGAAAGGAUACUUGCUAGUACACCAGAGGACACACACCGGGGAGAAGCCUUUUCAGGCGGUUCCCUGAGCCAGAAGGCGAAAAAUUUCCUUAUAUGAUCCUGUUUUUCUAAGAGGCGUUGAUAUUCGUAGACGUGGAAAAAUAUAUGUAGUUCUUGACUAUAUUAUCUUUAAUAUCAUAGCUUCCGAUACACGAAUUAUGACACUUCGCUCGAUACAAUUAAUUCCCAAAGUAACCUCUAACUCGGACUUUUAAUC